AUGACUUGUAGCGACCGACGUCCCGGCCCGGGCGCUCAAGACGUUGCUUCAGAAUCCGUCGACAGCCGCCUUUCAACCCCGCGAAGACCGGCCAGUACAUCCCGCAAGCGACGCCUUCCAACCGCCGGCUCGAGCGAGAGCUCCAGAGACGAUCCGUCUGACGGAAGGAGCAGUGACUGCAGCAGUAGCACCGUCACGAAGAGCAGCAGAGGCAGGGACGGCGUGAAGACGCCCUUCGACAUGGCCAAGCACGUCUUCCACCUGCUCUUUCUAGAGGUGGACUUGGACCGGUCCGGAUGCAUCGACAACAAGGAGUUCGGGGAGAUGCUGCUACAGCUGGGGAAGAACAUCGGGCCCGACGUCGCGCGCCACUGUAUCGUCAGGUGCAUGCGGUAG